AUGCCCCAGGAAAUCUCCGACAUCAAGCAGUUUAUCGAGGUCUGCCGCCGCAAGGAUGCGUCCUCUGCUCGCAUCAAGCGCAACCCCAAGGACCAUGAGAUCAAGUUCAAGGUCCGCUGCUCUCGCUUCGUCUACACUCUUGUCCUGAAGGACUCCGACAAGGCCGACAAGCUCAAGCAGAGCCUGCCCCCUGCUCUGAAGGUUGUCGAUGUCUCCAAGGGUGACAAGAAGAAGGCGCUGUAA